UUACUGCACCAAAGCACUUGAUGUUUUCUGCUUGUCAAUACUCCAUUUAAAUUGAUUGCAGCGAGUCAGUGUGACUGUGCGGUCUAACUUGUCCAAAACCAGCGCUUAUUUCUGCUCAACUGUUUUUCUACUGUUAUCUCCGUUUGCUAAAUCUUAUUUCGCGUUUAAACGGGGAAGGCAGCCGACGUGCGGAGCAGCCUCGCGCGGUCUUGCCGGGCGCGUGAAGAGCCAUGGCGAAGCAUCACCCAGAUCUUAUUAUGUGCAUGAAGCAGCCAGGCGUGGCCAUUGGCCGCCUCUGCGAGAAGGAUGAUGGAAAGUGCCCAAUUUGCGACUCCUAUGUGCGCCCGUGCACCCUGGUACGCGUGUGCGACGAGUGCAACUACGGAUCUUACGAGGGCCGCUGCGUCAUCUGCGGCGGGAUAGGCAUUUCGGACGCCUACUACUGCAAGGAGUGCACGUUGCAAGAAAAGGACAGAGACGGCUGCCCAAAGAUCAUCAACCUCGGCUCCGCUAAAACCGACUUAUUCUACGAGCGGAAGAAGUACGGGUUCAAGAAGCGGUAGCACCGCCCGCGGAGUCCGUGCUUGUUGGCGCGGAGUCGGGGACGCGCCGGGGCCUGAUGAAUUGGGCGAUGUUGCUGUGCUGCACACUGCCCCCGGCAGGUUUGAUUGUGCCGCGGCAUGGAGCUGCCUUAUUGCAAGUACCUGGUCAGAGUUCAAUGUGUACAAACGGCGAUUGACAUGUGUGCGGACAGGGCUGGUUGGAUGUGGGCAGAGCCUCCCUGGGCGCUGGUGUCAGUCAUGGAGCUAGCUUUGGUGUUGGCAUUGACGGAGGAAAGCGGAUAAUAUGGAGGGUUACAUGCGAAAGACAAGCCCUGGGCUGUUGCGUGGGUGCUGGGGCUAAAGUUGUGCCCCCCGGUGGGUGCCAGUUAAGGGCUGGUGCAGUCCUGGCAGCCUGCAUGGGCGGCGCCGCAAAUGACAAUGGCUACCAGCUUUGUGACAGGUUGGAAAUGGGCUAAGUCUCUGUAUAGAAAUGGGGGCUUUGACUAUUACGGCAGGUGAAAACUCGAUGUACGGUACAGGACGGGCACCAGCAUGCGGACCGUGGUGCCCGCCGAUCCGCCUCAUGUAAUUUGUAUGUUGA